AUGCUGCCACCAAAAGGGAAGAACAAAGCAGCUAGCAUAUGGUCCGUUGACUCGGGCUAUGCAUCAAAUACUCUGGACGAAGAAGAUGGUAGUUAUAUGGACUUUACCGCGAGUCCCGCAAUCAGCAAAUCCUCGUCAUCCUUGUCGCAGAAAAGCUUCAGCUUGGAAUUUGGUGAUUUCUUCAAGGUCCAUAUUGAAGAUCAGCUCCGCCUGCAAAAGCCAGAUUCUCCAUCGGCGCCAGUGACUACCAAGCUUAAUGUGUUUACGACAAAUAUGAGAGCAAGUCACGAUCUCCAGUCACAGGCGGCUAGCGUCAAUGAAGAGUGCGUUCUAUGCGCACUUUGGGAUAUUACCAAUCCUGGGGAAAACCUGAAAUGCGACGAAUGCAGUCGAAAGCUGACAGCCGUGUUCGGUGCUACGGAAAGAUCAGGACUUUUGCAAACUUCAGAAGCCGAACAGGAAUCGAUGCAUAUCGCAGCCCAAGUGGAAGAGCUUGGCGCAUUACAGCAACAUCAUCUACCCACCAAAGUUGAGGAAGGGCAACAUUCAACAUAUCGUAUCGUGGAUCCUAUUAGUUACGAUCAGACUACCACCUCUUCUUCCUACAGUCCCGAUAUAGGCACUUCUUACCCUGGAUCUCCAAACGUCCCUUGCGAAGCUAAACGCUCUUCCAUUCAACGGCCUCCUACAAAACUUGAGUCACAUGCUCUGCGGCGCCUGAAAUCAUGGAUAAGAGAUAACAGCAGUAAUCCGUAUCCUGAUGCUGAUACCAAACGUGCAUUGGCUCAAGAGUGUGGAAUCACAGAGAAGCAGGUGAAUACAUGGUUCACGAAUGCUAGAGCAAGACAAAGAUUUUUACGUCAUGCGGAGAGUUCACUUCCACACUCAAAAGUAGAGAAAAGUCUAACAACCCGCCUCUCAAAGGUCAAAGUGUUGCCAAUACCUGAAGGCUACCGAACUCUGGAGGAGAUCCACCAUUCCGAUCACGACUACGAUCCAAAAACUCCAAAAUCAUCUAGGCGAGGCAAAAAGAAAGACUACAGUCAUUUCAGUACAGUAUCUCCAGUUUCCAACUUAACCCUAGCCAUGUCUUGUACCCAAGUAAAAGCAAAGACCUCAAUGAGAGAAAGUACGCCAAGCAUGUGGCAAUGCACAUUUUGUUAUCAGUUUGUAGCGCCAAAGUCCUGGCGUCGUCACGAGGAGACUCAGCAUCGACCAAAACGGAAGUGGACCUGCUUACACACUGGCCCGAGCAUGAUCGUUUCUUCCCAUUCCACUUCUUCCACAUCCUGCGUUUUCUGCAAGCUUCACAAUCCUAGCAAAGACCAUCUUCUCCACUCUCACCGUAUCGGUGAAUGUAUUGCCAAGGCCGAAGAAGAUAGAACAUUCUUGCGACCAGAUCACCUCCGGCAGCAUGUAAAGAAUUUUCACCAGGCAUCUCUGACCGAUGCUGUAAGAGACUUGUGGAGAACAGACAAAGUGCGCAAAGAUGGCCCAGAAAAAUGGACCUGCGGGUUUUGUGCUCGUGAAAUGACAGCAUGGGAUGCGAGACAAACCCACAUCGCGGCACACUUCAAAGACGGAUUGACAAUGGCAGACUGGAAAUCACGUCCUCAGCCUGAAAAUACAAUUCACACCAGUAAGAAGCGGCCAAUAUCAAGUGAAGGACAAUCAAAUAUGUUUUCCAAAUUCGCCAGGAACUUGACGGGUCUAAGUGCAGGGCAAGAGGGGCACGACAUGUCACAGAGCAGAUUGGUAUCAACUUUCGAGUACACAACCGAGGACGUGCAGCCAGGAGUACCAGUGGAACCCGAUUUGACCUUUGACAACUUUACCACUGCGAUAUACAAUAGUGAGUUCGAUUUCGGCAGCGCAAGUAUGAUGGACUCGUCUGAAGAAGAGAGCGCAUCAAAGGAUUUUGAGACAUUAUACCCUGUUGGUGACAACGGUUUGUGGAUGAAUUAUGACGAUCUGGGCAGUCUUUCGUGCAAAGACGAGUAUGAUAGUUUCCUCGAUUUUUGGUAG